GAGACAAAAAUGGGAAUAGAACUUGUGAAUGAGUAAAAACAGUUUACAGUUAAUUAACUUAAAAGUUAUAUUACCAAAUGGGUAUAUAGAUAAGCAUAAAUACUUAAAAUAUGUGAAUAAGUAUAAAGGUGUACAAAGUGAUUUAUUUGAUUUUGACAGAUCUGCUCCUCUUACUGUACAGCGAUCACAAUCAGACCUUCAGUGAAUCUCCUCCCACAACUAUCACACCUUCAGUGAAGCUCCUCCCACGACAAUCACACCUUCAGUGAAGCUCCUCCCACGACAAUCACACCUUCAGUGAAGCUCUUCCCACAACUAUCACACCUUCAGUGAAGCUCCUCCCACAACAAUCACACCUUCAGUGAAGCUCCUCCCACUGCAUUUCAGCAAUAAAUGCUGGAAUAUUCCCAUAAGUCUACAAGUGAAGACGAGCAUCAAAGCAUCAGGAAGAAGUGAAAUCUGCAGAGACAGAGUUUAUUGAAGAACAGAGAGAUCAAGAACACUGCAGAAUGAACCAGACUGAAAAACAAACAGAGUUGAUUGAAGAAAAAGAGAAUGAGGAAAUUAAUGAAGAGGAGCAGAAGCAUCAUGUCAAAACUGGAGAAAACUUUUUGAGUCGCUCUCAAACCAAACAGAAAGAUUUAAAGAAGAGAAGAGACAAGAAAUCUUUCACCUGCACUCAGUGUGGAAAGAGUUUGAGAAGCAAACAUAGUCUUGAGAUGCACAUGAAGAUCCACACUGGAGAGAAACCAUACAGAUGUGAUCAGUGCGGGAAGAGUUUCACACAAUCAACAUACCUAAAGAUACACAUGAACAUCCACACUUUAGAAAAACUGUACCCAUGUGAUCAAUGUGGAAAAACAUUUUUGAGGGCUUCAAACCUGAAGCAGCACCUGAAAGUUCAUUCAAAGGAGAAACCACAUUCAUGUUCUUUGUGUGGAAAGAGUUUUUCACAUCUGCAGAGUUUAAAAGUACAUCAGAAGAUACACACUGGUGUGAGAGAAUAUAUGUGUUUUGAGUGUGAGAAGAUUUUUAUUAGAGCUGAAAGUUUGAAACAGCACGAGAGGAUCCACACUGGAGAGAAACCUUACAAGUGUUCACACUGUGACAAGAGAUUCAGUCGGUUAGGAUAUCUGAAAUCACAUGAGAGGAUCCACACUGGAGAGAAACCUUACAAGUGUUCACACUGUGACAAGAGAUUCAGUCAAUCCGAACAUCUGAAAACACAUAAGAGGAUCCACACUGGAGAGAAACCUUACAAGUGUUCACACUGUGACAAGAGAUUCAGUCAGUUAGGAUCCCUGAAAUCACAUGAGAGGAUUCACACUGGAGAGAAACCUUACAAGUGUUCACACUGUGACAAGAGAUUCAGUCAGUCAGGAUCCCUGAAAUCACAUGAGUGGAUUCACACUGGAGAGAAACCGUAUCACUGCAUUGUAUGUGGGAAGAGUUUCAGUAAAUCUUCUAAUCUAUACAGACAUACAAAUAACUUUCACAGCAAGUAGAUCACCUUAAUAUCCAGCAGUUUCAGCCGUGUCCUCACCAAACAUGUCAAAAAGUCAGGCGUUGGUAUGUUCCCUGACUCACUGUAAUUUGGGACAGUGAUCACUCGAAUUCCAGUGACAUUAUCACAUACAACGUAAA